UAAUCUUUUCAAAUCUACGAGUCGCAAAUCUACUAAGGUCAAGAUGAAGCAGAAAGAGUAUCAGGUAGUCUUACAAAAGACGAUUGCACAGAGAGAGGUACAGAUCGCUACCAGCUUAGUCUUUAAGCACUUUGAAGAUGAUCUUGUAUCUGACACUCAUGAUGGGUUUUCUAUAACCUUAAGCUUGGGUGAACCUCACGAGAAAGAUUUUAUCAAAGAAUUUAAUAAGGUGUACCAAACAGCUCCUUCUUUUAACAUUGAUAUCAGUUGAUCAGAUCCUCAGAGUUUGAAGGCCAUUAAUAAGAUUCUACAAGAGAGUUUAAGGAGAAGAAUCCGCAACUUGGCACUCCUUCCUUCAAGCAUUUUCGUUGAAAGCAACUUCGACUCUUACACAAGAAAUUUUAAUAAAAUUAGUCAGUUCGUGUUAAAUGAGGUUGAGAUUUUCUGGAUGAAAAUUUCAAGGAAAAAUAUUGAGACUAUCAUCCACAGAAGUAGUGGGAUUGGAAGAGUCAUCUUCCACCAAUGAUAUCUCGAAACUCAAGGGCUGGCUUUUAAAGAUACGAUAGACUACAAAAUUCAGCACCUUGGUUUCUUUGGAUCAGGGGCGUCACAGUAUAGCAACUGGGGAGAUUCAAAUGAAGGAUUCGAAAACAUUAUCAAUGCAAUUUCAAAUUGAUCAAUCAAAAGCUCCUUAAAAAGUCUUGAUCUAAGACUUUGCCAAAUCUGUGGAAAGAACAUUCGGCCAAUCUUGGAGAGAUAUAAGAUAAGAAAAAUAGUUGUAUCUUGGAAUCACAAAAAUGAAGGAAAGUAUUAUCGGCUAAUUUUAUAAACCAUUCUUCUAGAAUUCAUCAUUUCAAAGCUUC